AUGAGUCGACACUUUAGUUCCAGGUCUGGGUACCGGAGCGGAGGAGGCUUCAGCUCUGGGUCUGCAGGGAUAGUCACCUUGCAACGCAGAACUACUAGCAGCUCUGUGUGCCGCAGGGGGGGAGGUGGUGGGAGAUUCUCAGGUGGAGUAUGUGGUGGUGGGGGUGCUGGUGGUGGCUUUGGAAGUCGAAGUCUUGUGAACCUCGGUGGAAGCAAAAGUAUCUCCAUCAGUGUGGCCGGAGGAGGUGGACGUAGUGGUUUUGGUGGUGGUUAUGGCUUUGGGGGUGGUGGUUUCGGUGGUGGUGGAUUUGGGGGUGGUUUUGGCAGUGGUGGAUUGGGUAGUGGCUUUGGCAGAGGAGGUGGUUUUGGUGGAGGUGGUUUUGGUGGAGGUGGUUUUGGUGGAGGUGGUUUUGGGGGUGGUUUUGGGCCCGUCUGCCCCCCUGGUGGCAUACAGGAAGUCACCAUCAACCAGAGCCUUCUGCAACCUCUCAAUGUGGAGAUUGACCCUGAGGUCCAAAAAAUAAAGUCUCAAGAAAGGGAGCAAAUCAAGACACUCAACAACCAAUUUGCCUCCUUCAUUGACAAGGUGAGGUUCCUGGAGCAGCAGAACCAGGUGCUGCAAACAAAAUGGGAGCUGCUGCAGCAGGUAGAUACCUCCACCAGGACCCAAAACUUAGACCCCUACUUUGAGUCAUACAUCAACAAUCUUAGAAAGAGAUUGGACCAACUGAAGAGUGAUCAAUCUCGAAUGGAAUCAGAAUUGAAGAGCAUGCAAGACCUGGUGGAAGAUUACCGGAACAAGUAUGAGGAAGAGAUCAACAAACGGACAAAUGCAGAGAAUGAAUUUGUGACCAUCAAAAAGGAUGUGGAUGCUGCUUAUAUGAACAAGGUGGAACUUCAGGCCAAAGUUGACAACUUGCGCCAGGAAAUUGAUUUCCUCACAGCCCUCUACCAAAUGGAGCUGUCUCAGAUGCAGACGCAUAUCAGCGACACCAAUGUCAUCCUGUCCAUGGACAACAACCGCAGUCUGGACCUGGAUGGCAUCAUCGCUGAGGUCAAGGCCCAGUAUGAGGAGAUUGCUCAGAGGAGCAAGGCUGAGGCCGAGGCCCUGUACCAGAGCAAGUAUGAAGAGCUCCAGAUCACUGCUGGCAAACAUGGGGACAGUUUGCAAAAUUCAAAGAUGGAGAUUUCUGAGCUGAAUAGAAUGAUCCAGAGACUUAGAUCUGAAAUCGACAGUGUAAAGAAGCAGAUCUCUGCGCUGCAGCAGUCUAUCAGCGAUGCUGAGCAGCGGGGUGAGAAUGCCCUCAAAGAUGCCCAGGGCAAGCUGAACGAGCUGGAGGAUGCCCUGCAGAAGGCCAAGGAGGACCUGGCCCGCCUGCUGCGGGACUACCAGGAGCUGAUGAACACCAAGCUGGCCCUGGAUGUGGAGAUUGCCACCUAUAGGACCCUCUUGGAAGGAGAAGAAAGCAGGAUGUCUGGAGAGUGCGCCCCCAACGUGAGUGUGUCUGUGAGCACCAGCCACACCAGCAUCAGUGGAAGUAGUGGCCGAGGAGGCGGCGGUAGCUUCGGCUACAGCUCCUCUGGCGGUGGCAGCUAUGGCGGCGGCUCCGGAGGUGGCGGCUACGGCGGCGGCUCCGGAGGUGGCGGCUACGGCGGCGGCUCCGGAGGUGGCGGUGGAGGCAGCUACGGCGGCAGCAGCGGAGGACACAGAGGCGGUUCUGGAGGGGGCGGCGGCUCUGGAGGCAGGGGUUCCGCGGGCGGCGGCGUCUCCGGAGGCAGCUUCGGCUCCUCGGGAGGCCGGGGAUCCAGCUCUGGGGGCACGAAGACCUCCGGUGGCAGUUCCAGCGUGAAGUUUAUUUCUUCCAGCUAUUCCCGAGGGACCAGAUAA